AGCGUGAAAGUCUGUGAUUGUGCCAUUUCGGAUUUCAGAAUGAACGGUGCUAAUCUUGGAUACAACAUGUCGAUCGUGGAUUCGUACAAUCGGUUCAUGGAGAGGAAUAGUGAUCCUCGAACGGAAAAUUGGUGGAUGAUGUCAGGCCCUGGGCCGUUGAUUACGUUACUGGCUUCAUACCUAUACUUCUGCACAUCCAUGGGUCCCCGGUACAUGCGAGAUCGGAAACCUUACUCCUUGAAGAACACCAUCGUACUGUAUAAUGUAUCACAGAUUCUGAUAAGCGUUUACUUAGUAUAUGAAGGCCUAGUAGCUGGUUGGUGGAAUGAUUAUAACUUUUCCUGCCAGCCUGUGGAUUACUCGGAUAGCCCGAAAGCUAACAGGAUGGCAGCAGCAGUAUGGUGGUACUUCUUUGCGAAAAUUGUGGAGCUCUUGGACACGGUGUUCUUUGUUCUGAGGAAAAAGAACAGACAAAUAUCGUUCCUCCAUCUCUACCAUCACACCAUGAUGCCUAUCUGUGCUUGGAUUGGUGUAAAAUUCUUGCCAGGUGGCCAUGGGACUCUACUCGGAGUGAUAAACUCAUUCAUUCACAUCAUCAUGUACACCUAUUACCUGAUCUCUGGACUUGGCCCGCAAUACCAGAAAUUACUUUGGUGGAAGAGUCACGUUACAACGCUCCAAUUGAUCCAAUUCUGCAUCAUAUUCUACCAUAACUUUACUGUUAUGUUUUGUGACUGCAACUACCCAAAGUUUAUCAACUUUCUACUGUCCCUCAACUCUGGAGCAUUCUUGUAUAUGUUCGGUAACUUUUAUUACAAAAAUUACAUUGUUGAUAAGAGGAAACCAGCUGUAUCCAGCAGCACGGUGUACAAAGAAGGCAAAGAAUGUUAGUCUUACGAUACUCAAAUAGUAUUAGAACUCGUUUUAAUGUGAUCUAGCUUUAAGUAAUGCUUCGUUGUAAAACUCUUUGAAUGAGAUAAAAAAUGAAUUUUAUUAUUAGCACUGACUUUUAGAUGUUUCGUCCAAUAGUUCGAAUUUUGAAAAUGGAAUUAACAGUAAUUGCACAUUU